AUGUAUUCGAACCCGAACAACUUCUUCGGCGGCAAUGCCAUGGGCCCCGGUGCUCCGCAAUAUGGCGCUGGCCAGCCCCAGCAGCAACAACAGCAGCAGCAACAGCCGGAUCCGUUCGCCCCGCAGCCGACGGGCUUCGCUCAAGCGCCGCUCCAGCAGCAGUAUACGGGCUACCCGGGCUUACAAGCGCCGCAGGGGCAGCUGCAGCCGCAGUUUACCGGCUACGGCCAGACUCCGCAGCAGGGCAUGGCCACCGGCGCACCGCCAAUGCCAGCUAUCCCUCAACAAUAUCAGCAACAGUUCCAGCAGCAGCAGACCCAACAGCAGCAGCCCCAACAGCAGCAGAUGCCCUUCGCGGCAGCGCCCCCCCAGCCCACCCAGACGCUGGCGCCUCCUCCACCUGUAAAGCCGCAAGCCACCGGCUUCAGCGAAAUGGCGGCUUCAUUCCAUGCCGGCGGCGGCGCAAGAUCCCAGCCCAGCGCGGCCCCAAGAAAGGCAAACACGGUUCCGAAUAUCCGUCUCUCUUUCAUUACCGCGCCGGACCAAGCCAAAUUCGAAACGUUGUUCAAGUCUGCCGUUGGUGACGGCCAAACCACCAUGUCGGGAGAGAAGGCGAGAGACUUGCUGCUACGGUCCAGGCUCGACGGAGAUUCACUGUCUCACAUCUGGACGCUUGCGGAUACCACCAGAUCCGGGCAGUUACACUUCCCAGAGUUUGCUCUCGCCAUGUAUCUCUGCAACCUGAAGCUCACCGGGAAGUCGCUGCCGCCCUCACUACCUGACAACAUCAAGAACGAGGUCUCUAGCAUGGUGGAUAUUAUCAAUUUCAGCAUUGCAGAGGAGUCCGGUUCUGCUUCUGCCACAUCUACCAACGCUCCCGAUUUCGGUGUGCGCCAAAACACGGCUACCCCUCCAGUCAUCCAACACCCGCAACCACAACCGUCGAGCUCACAACUUCUCCAAGCGCAGAUGACGGGCUUUCCUGCUCAGCAGACCGGGUUCAUGGGACAAGGCCUUCAACCUCAGCAAACGGGUAUGCCCCAGGCGACCGGCUACACUGGCCCUCGGCCGCCUAUGCCGCCCAUGCCAACCGGGUUCGGUUCGAACUUGUCACCGAAUGUCGGCCCCGGCGGCAUGAUUGCGCCGUUGAACGCUCAACCCACAGGACGCCCGGGUCAGUGGGGCCUUGUCAACACGCCUGCGACCGGAUUGCCGAACAUUGAUGCCCUGCAAGCGCGCAUGAUGCCCCAGCAAGGCCGUGAACAGCAAGACUACACCACCGCCGGAUUGCAAGGAAAUGCUGUGAUUCCCUGGGCCAUUACCAAGGAUGAGAAGACUCGGUACGAUGCGCUGUUCCGCGCUUGGGAUGGUCUGAACAAGGGGUAUAUCGGCGGUGACCAGGCCAUCGAAAUCUUUGGGCAAAGCGGGUUGGAGAAGCCCGACCUUGAACGCGCCUGGACACUCGCGGACCAUGGAAACAAGGGGCGUCUGGACCUUGAUGAGUUUGCCGUGGCCAUGCAUUUGAUCUACCGCAAACUUAACGGUUAUCCUAUCCCAAACCAGCUCCCUCCUGAAUUGGUGCCUCCUUCUACCAGGAAUUUUAACGAGUCUCUGGGCACCAUCAAGAACAUGCUCCACAAGGAGUCGGAUUUCCGAAAGAACUCGGGCGCUAGCUUGCUGCCGCAAAAGACUGGGGUUAGCUAUCUAAAGAACCACUCGUUCCGAGGUACCGGAGGCGCCUCUGGCAAUCGCAAGGAUGCUACCGUCUUCAAGAACAACGACGAUGCUGUGGGAUACCGAUCAAGCGCGCGGCGCAGAGUCGGCAAUGCUUCACCUCGCCCCGAGUCUCCAGCAUCCGUCGGUUCUAACGAAGAGUUAAGCCUGGAUCAAUUGCGGAAGAAGAUCAAGGAGAAGCAGGUGCUCCUUGAUGCGAUGGACUUUGCCGACGAGAAGAACAUGGAGGAGGACGACAUCCUUGACAGGCGUGAUCGUCGCGAGGCCGAGGAGCUUUAUCGCCGCAUCAGGAGAAUUCAGGAGGAUAUCGACAACCACCCUGAUGCGUCCCCGAUUGGCGGCGACUCUGAAGCCGAGAGAAGAGCCCUGAAGCGCCAACUGCAGAACCUGACCGACAAGAUCCCCGAACUAGCGUCUCAGGUUAGAAAAACAGAGAAGGCAAUCGCGGACGCAAGGCUUGAGUUGUUCCGCCUGAAGGACGCCAAGGCCCACCCGGGCAGCGCCGCUGCCAUCGUUGGGACGGGGCCCGGCGGUGCCAUCACCGAAUCAGACAGGCUCAAGGCCCGGGCCAAAGCUAUGAUGCAACAACGGACCGCUGCCCUGACCGGCAAGAAGAUCGACGUGACCAGUGACCAAGAUGCAGAGAAGAGGCUCGAGGAAGAGAGUAUCAAGGCAAGAACUGAGAAGGAAAACAACGAGCGUAUGGUCCGGGAUGUCGAGGAUAGCGUUCGCGAUUUCGCCAAGGGCAUCGAAGACAAUCUCAAGGAGGGCGGUCAGGAUUCCACUACGGAGCAUGAGAAGCGCCGAUGGGAGGAUGCCCUCGGGGUCGAGGAUGAGGUCCGAGAUUUUAUCUACGAUCUCCAACGGUCUAGCCGUGCUUCUCGCAUUAGGUCCCAGGAUAGGCAGGGCGGACGCAAGGCCACCCAAGAGCCCGUCAGUGCUGAAGCACCUCCUACCGCCCGGGUCGAUAGCCCCGCCAGCAUUUCGCGUACCGCCUCCCCGGCGGCCCCUCCUGCCGCAGGCGGAUCGUAUUCGUCGUACAAGACUCCCGAGGAGAGGGCUGCAUUCAUCAAGCAGCAAGCCGAGCAACGCAUGGCUGAACGGCUUGCCGCCCUGGGUAUCAAGGCUCCCACGAAACCUGGGGAGACGGCGGCUCAGCGAGCCGAGCGUGAGCAGGCCGAACGUGCCGCCAAGUUGCGACAGGCAGAGGAGGAAGACGCCCGCCGCGAAACAGAGAGACAGGCCAGGCUUGCUGAGGAGCAGGGGGUUCCACCGCCCGCUGUUUCACAGGCUGCCAAGCCUGAGGGUAAGAAGCCGCCUCCGCCUCCCAGCCGCAAAGCGGCCAAGCCAGAUGAUAGGCGUGCCGAGGAGGAGCUUGCUACAAAGAAGGCAGAGGAGGAGCGCCUGGAACGCGAGCGUGGAGAACAGGAGCGCGCAACACGGGAACUUGAGAGUCAAGCCAAGGCUCAGGAAGAUGAGCUUGCCAAAGAGCGUGAGGAAGCUGACGCUCGCCUCAGGGCGCUUGAGGAGCAGGUCCGGCAGGGCAAGUUGAAGAAGGAGGAGGAGAAACGGAAGAAGAAGGCAGCGCUAGCUGAGGCCAAGGAGAAGGAGGCUCAACUGGCCCAGCGGAGAGCUGAAAUCGAAGCUGCCCGUAAGCGCGAGGAAGAGCUUCGCAGGCAGCUUGAAGCCAUGGAUGACGAUAGCUCAUCGGACGACGAAGGCCCGGAACAAAUCACUCCUCAAGCGUCGACUCCGACGAUGAACGACAGUCAUAUCGUUAAUCGGGAACCAGAACGACAGCCCACCCCACCGCCGGCGCCGGUGGUUUCCCCGCCGCAAAUUGUCACCUCUAGCCCCCCGACCGAGGGUGAGAGCCGUAAUCCUUACUUUAGAAUGAUGUCGCACUCUUCGGAUGCCUCCCCCGCCACGGCACCUGCACCGCCGGUGGCACCGCCGGUGGCCCCGCCGGCGCCGCCGCAACCCGAAGCGUCCACAAACCCAUUCCACCGCAUCGCACAGGCCCCCGCGCCCGAAACAUCGCCGGUCCCCGUGACAAGGCGGCGUCCUGAUGACGAUGGUUGGGGGUCGGACAAGGACGAGGAAGACGAAGAAUCGGAUGAUGACAGGCCGGGCGGUAAGAGCGCCGCGGCGCUAGCUUCCAUCCUGUUCGGCACCAUGGCACCACCGCGCCCGCUGUCUGCAACUGGCGACAAGUCUGCUACCUCACCUACCGUGAGCUCCCCGGUUGCACCACCUCCCGAGUCAGCUUCGCCCCCGGCGGCUUCCCCAUCAGCACCGCCGCCCCCUCCGCCGAUGCCCGGUUCGUUCCCGAGCGCCAGCCCUGGCCCCGGCGCUCCGCCGCCACCACCGCCGCCCCCGCCUCCGAUGCCUUCCGCUGGUGGCCCACCGGGGGCUCCUCCCGCGCCGCCGCCGCCACCCCCGGGAAUGGCUCCUCCCGCACCGCCGCCGCCGCCUCCUGCGGGUGGCCCGCCGGCUGCUGCACCGGCUGGCGGUCGGCCUGCAGGGCUCCUCGGCCAAAUCCAGGCGGGCAAGGCGCUCAAGAAGACGACGACACGCGACAAGAGCGCCGCUGCUGUGGCCGGUCGGGUGCUAGAUUAA